GAACACUCUAGUCCAAUGCCCCAGAGACCAGUCUCAGCCACCAGAAACAUGACUCUUCCCAGGACCAGCUCAGCCACCAGAAGUAUGACUCUUCCCAGGGCCAGCUCAGCCACCAGAGGGUCAGAAGAGACCCAGGGGGCCAGAGGAGAACGGGGGGAACUGGUCAACAUGGAACUUCUUGGGUUGCCUAACAUUGGCAACACUUGCUUCCUUAACGCCACCCUGCAGUGCCUCCUGGUCCUGCCUUCCUUCUCAAAGGAAAUCCUGCACCAGGAACAACUCUGGAGCUCCUCCCCCUUCUCCAACCUGCUCAGGUGUCUGUCUGAUGUGCACCGUUCAGGUCUACCUGACAGUGUGGCAAACCAGGCCUCAAAAGCAGACCUCAUGUGGAAGGUCAAGUACUCCUUGUCGGGAUACGAUUUGAAGUAUCUGGGGGACACGCAACAGGACGCACACGAGUUACUUGUCAAUAUGCUGUGCCAGCUGAAGGAGGAGGGCAUGAUUCUGAAGACACUCGGGAUGAACUAUACCUGCCCUGUUUCCCAGCUGGAGUUCCAGCUUGUGUCGGUGCGCACAUGUACCAGCUGUGGGCGCGAGUCGUCUACCAGAGAGGACUACAACCACCUCUCAUUGGACAUCAGCCCUGAGCGCACCUUGCUGAACAGCCUAGCACUCACUUUCAAAAGUGAACAGGUUGAAUUCACAUGUGAGGGCUGUAAAGGCCUCCACGCCUCAAAGGUGGAGCAGUUCCACACACUGCCUCUUGUGCUGGUUCUGCAUCUGAAGAGGUUUGGAGGACCUGGGGGGUUGGAGAAGCUGGAGGCUCCUCUUUUGUUUCCUUCGGAGCUGAGGCUCUCCACCCUCUGUGGGGACAUGGUGCCACACCUGCACAGUGCCAGCCCACAGGCCCUCACCAACCAGGCCCCCAGCAUCCAGGGGUCCAUCCCCCAGACCCUCGCCAGCCAAGUCUCCAGCCCACCUGGAGCGGCAAAAGACAGCGCCCUCUGCUGUUCAGAAGCAGAAGCCAGUACAGUCAGUGAAUGGUUACUACCAGCUGACUGGCGUAGUCUCUCAUUUGGGAGGCUCCGCAAACUCCGGGCACUACAUUAGUGACAUAUUGCAUGCCAGUGGAAACUGGUUCUGCUGUAACGACAGCCAGGUGUCAGUGUCCAAUGAAGCCACUGUGCUGAGGACCAGAGCCCGGAGUGCCUACAUGCUCUUCUAUAUGUUCAGGUACUGUUUACUCUCGCCAUCUAUAUUCUUGUGUUGCUAUUUAUGUGUACGGUUCCUUUCACCCUACAGGGCAAUAGAGCGGGAGGCCCCAGCACACAGGGCCUAACAGGGCCACCAGCAUCAGCCCCAGCCUAAACAGGGGCAGCACCUGGACCAGCCUCCAAACACUCAGACCUGUCUCAACAGGGGUAGUACCAGGCCCACUCUCAAAACCCCCAGCCCAGCCUCAACCCUCACACACCUGCCUCAAAAUGGGUAGCACUUGGCCCAACAUCAACAACCCCGAGCCCAGCAACAUCAGGGGCAGCACGGGGCCCAACAUCAACACACCCAGCCCAGCCUCAACAUGGGAAGAACCAGGCCCAGUCUCAACAUGGGCAGAACAAGACCCAGCCCCAACACCCUCAGACCUGCCUCAACAGGUGCAGCAUUCAGCACAACUUCAAUCAUGCUGCUCUUCAACACUAGCAUGAACAUUCUUUCAGUAGCUUAUGUCAUAAAUACCUGCCCUUGAUUUGACUACUUCACCUAAUGUAUAAACGUAUAAAGUAUACACACUAAAUGUAGUACACAUGUAGAUGUGGUGGAUAGAGAGUGUGAUUAUUUAGAGGAUAUAACAUCCCUUCUAUUUGGUUUGGUUUGAAAUCCUCCUGUUGUGAAAUACACUGUGGUGUCUAACCUCUUUUUCAGCAUGGUCACACCGGAAGACCUGCAAUAUUAAUAAAGACAAGCAAAUGUAAGAAAAUCCCAUUUAAGAUGAUUCUGUUGACCGUUGUAACUCUUUAACACAGGAAGAUUUAUGGUCUGGGAUUCAGGCCGGUCCUAACAGGAAACGUGACAAAGGGAAGCAGCUGUAAUGGAGCCUUCUAACACCCAAUCAGGUCUGGAGGAGGAAUGUCACAUAAAGAUUCAGAGAUGCUAUGAGUAUCUUUUGAAGUUACUCUCCAGUUGAAUUUGAAUAAAUACAGACAUGAAAAUGCUGGGCUACGGAUGUGACCUUGGUUCUGUGAGUAGAGUAACGGGUCACCAAACAACCUAUGGGAACUCCUUCCCUUUAUCGUGAUGUGAUUGAGAUGCUUAAUAUCAACGAUGUUUACAAUGACGCCACACCCUUACUGUACCAUUGUGACCUGUCACUAUUAAAGGCUGUGUGACGUGA